AUGGCAGAGGCGAUGCUCCAGCGGUUGCCAUGGAGACUUCUGGGCCGCAGAGCCGCGGAAGGAGGCAGUGACGUCACUGCGGGAGCAAAUCUGCUGAGACUGCUGCGACGGGUGAGACCUUUGGAGAACAUCGCCAGGAAAGGAGAGGCUUUGGGAAGGGAUCGUGGCAUCCUGGAUAAUUUUGUGGAUUCUCGAGGCAGCUCAGGUGUGCACCAGCGAGCAUACUCCUGCCUCCGAGAGCUGGGCAAGAUGCUCUUCGGGGUCAAGGACAUUGCUCUGUUGGAGCACGGGUGCAAGGCGCUCGAGGUGGACAGUUACAAGUCCCUGAUGAUUCUGGGUAUACCGGAAGACUGCAACCAUGAGGAGUUCGAAGAGAUCAUACGGGUCCCCCUGAAGCCCCUGGGCAAGUUCGAAGUGGCCGGGAAGGCGUUUCUGGAGGAAGAGAGAUCCAAGGCAGCCAUCAUUAGGCUGGAGGAGGACAUCAAUUAUGCCGUGAUCCCCAGGGAGAUCAAGGGCAAGGGCGGCAUGUGGAGAGUGGUCUACAUGCCCCGGAAGCAGGACAUAGAAUUCCUGACCAAGCUGAACCUCUUCCUGCAGAGCGAGGGCAGGACGGUGGAGGAUGUGGCCCGGGUCCUGAGGCAGGAACUGUGCCCAACAGUGACGGGCCCCAGAGAGCUGCCUGCCAGAAAGUGCCCGGCGCCUGGGCCAGGGGAGAAGGCGGGGGCCGAGGCCCCCGUGGGCGCCGACGGGGCGCCUCCUCUGGCCUCGGUGGAGAAGCAGAGCAAGGCUGGAGAUGACAAGAGAGGCAAGCGAAAGCACAAGAAAAGCCGUCGACGGCACCAUGCAUCUGACAAGAAGCUGUGA